UCCUCCACAACCCCCUAGUCUUCAAUAAGAAGAAUUAGCCCGGACACUGCUGGUCAGAUAACACAUAGCAGAGCUAUUGGUACUACGUUCUUGGAUCAAAUAUUGUAUUGAUUAUAUAUUUUCUGGAAUACAACUCUCCUUCCUACAGGGCUAAAGCCGCUAUGCACUGUCAAUACAUCCUACCGUUAUCUCUGUUAACUCUACUCUCCCUGACAGGCACACUGGCCCAGACCUGGUCUGUUUGGUACCGUGGCAGCGACAGGAAUUCCGUUAUCUGUGCAUCAAAAGGCUCAUCAGUGGUAUUUGACUGUACAUACAGCUACCCAGCUACCCAUAAAGUUAUACAAAAGCUAUGGUUCACUCCGAGAGGUGGUAAAAAACUAGACGGCUCACAGCAGGGAGAUGUAGUGUAUGACACAUCUGGACUGAAUGAGACAAGAUACAGAGGAAGAACAGAGUUCUAUGACCAAUACAAAAACUGCACACUGAAACUCAACAAUGUGACUGAAGAUGACAGUGGCAGAUUUUUCUUCAGAUUUUACGCAAAGAAAGAUAAUCAGGACCCUCAGGGAUUUACAGGAUCAGGGGGUGUGGACCUGAACAUAUCAGUCUUAUCCCUAAAGUUAAAUGAAAAUGGCCCUGUUAAGGAGAGAGACAACGUCACGCUGGCCUGCACCUCCAGCUGUAACCCUCCUCAAAUGGAGUUCCUCUGGUUUAAAGAUGGCCGCCCACUCCCUGGUGUCUCUGGUGUCCCUGGUGGGCAGUAUCCCCUAGGUCCACUUUCCCCUAAUGACACUGGGUGCUACACCUGUGGUCUGGGGCAAGGCACAUCUACAUCAAUACUGCUGGAUGUGAGAUAUGCUCCAAGGGACGUUUCUGUUAAGGCCAGCCCGAGCCCUGAGGUAGUGAAAGGCAGUCAUCUGACUCUGACCUGCAACAAUAACGCCAACCCUGCAGCAGAGACCUACACCUGGUUUCAGAGGACAGCACUGCUAACUUCACUAAAAUUAGGGACGGGGAAAGUACACACCUUCAACGAAAUAGAUUCUGAUGACAGUGGACUGUACUUCUGUAUGGCCCAGAAUGCCUUUGGAUCACAGAACUCUACAGACCUGGAGGUGAAAGUUAAAGUAUCAGCCCAUUUAAUGGUGGUCCUGGCAGCAUUGGGGGCUCUCUUCCUUGUCACAGCAGUGAUUGUGGUGCUCUACAUUUACAUAAGAAGACGGAAGUGGAUCACGGCCGAGAAGAAGCUUCCGACCAAACCAGUCCCCCAGAUACAGAAAGCAACCUUGUCUACACCAGAGGACAUCUAUGAAAAUAUGAGACAGUCAGCCAAGCCGAUCACUGAUCCUGAUGAUCUGAACUAUGCAGAGCCCAAAAUCAGGCCUGCUCCUUCACCCAGGAGGCAGUGGAAUAACAAGGCAGAGGAUGAUGAUGCGGUUAUCUACAGCCAACCACAAACACACUGAGGUGGUCAGAGAACUUUGAUAUCUAGACCACAAGGCCUACAGUAGGGUUGCCCAACCCUGUUCCUGGAGAGCUACCCUCCUGUAGGUUUUCACUGCAACCCCACGUGUUACUAACCUGA